AUGGAACCCCUUCCAUUCUUCUUCUUCUUCUUCUUCUUCUUCUUCAAAUUCUUCUUCAAAUUCUUCUUCAAAUUCUUUUUCUUCAAAUUCUUCUUCUUCAAAUUUUUCUUCAAAUUUUCCUCCUCUUCUUCAAAUUCUUCAAAUUCUUCUUCAAAUUCUUCUUCAAAUUCUUCUUCAAAUUCUUCAAAUUCUUCUUCUUCAAAUUCUUCUUCUUCUUCUUCUCUCGUCCUUUCUUUGUUUUGUAGUUGCCGCCGGAGAUUAAGGAAAUACACACAGAUACUCAACUGCCAUAGACUCCCUGGGGAGUAUGGAGUCACAGCUCUCAAACCCCAUAGACUCCUUGAAGUGCAUGGGGCCACAGCUCUCAAAUACCGUAGACUCCCUGAGGAGUAUGGUGCCACAGUUCUCAACUCUCGUAGACUCCCUGGGGAGUAUAGGCAACAGCUCUCAAGUCGUGUAGACUCCCGGAGGAGUAUGGGGGUCACAGCUCUCAAAUCCCAUAAGAAGUAUGGGGCUAUAGCUCCCAAAUCCCGUAGGCUUCUUUAA